AUGGCUAGGUGCACAUUCUCGACGCUGACGGCGGUGCUCGCUAUGGUGCUUACCUUCUUGGCCGUAUCAUCGGAUGGGCGGCAAAUAACGAAGGCGCAAUUGCACGCCAGGCAGGUGGAGGCGGCCAAACGGUUCAAACUAGGAGCGGGAGAUCCUGUGAAGAGGCAGACUUCAGCGGGCGUGAAAAACAUCACCUUCUCCAAUCCACGCGCUUCUGAAUUCUUUGUCGAUGGUACAUCGAUUCCUGAGGUAGAUUUUGAUGUUGGUCCGAGUUGGUCUGGACUGCUACCAAUCAGCAAUCGCACUGGAGAAACUAGGGAGCUGUUCUUUUGGUUCUUCCCUCCUGGUCCGCAGGGUAGUCUUGAUGAUCUCAUAUUUUGGACCAACGGAGGGCCUGGAUGCUCGUCUCUCGAGGGCCUUCUGCAAGAAAACGGACCAUUCUCGUGGUCUUGGGGAACUGCUAAGCCCGUACCAAACGAAUUCAGUUGGACGAAUCUGAGUAGCGUUCUAUGGGUGGAGCAACCUGUUGGCACAGGUUUUUCGCGAGGCACUCCUGAUAUCCGGAAUGAAGAUGACCUAGCUGCCGAGCUGGUUGGAUUCUUCCAGCAAUUCUUGGAGGUGUUCAGUGAACUCAAAGGCAAAAACUUUUAUCUUUCUGGCGAAAGUUAUGCAGGAACAUACGUCCCUUACAUCGCGAAUCAUAUCUACACCCAUCCAGGAGAAAUAGACCUCGACCUAAAAGGCAUAUGGAUCGCCGAUCCUUCGCUCUCAUGGGAUGUUGUCCAAGAACAAAUUCCAGCUGUAAAUUUCGUCCACAAAUAUGAGAAUGUUUUCGCUUUCAACCAAUCUUUCCUCGCACAACUAGACGCACAGGCGGAGCGCUGCAAUUACGCAAACUAUAUUGCGGAACACGUUACAUACCCACCCAAGGGUCUCUUGCCUUUACCAGGGCGGUCGACAUCUGCUGACCGUGGAUGCGACGUCUGGGACACCAUCUUCGACGCAGCACUUAGAGUGAAUCCCGCGUUCAACAUUUACAGAAUCUUUGAUACUUUCCCCAUAUUGUGGGAUGUUCUCGGCUUCCCAGGUUCCUUCGAGAAUAUCCAGCUCGCACCUCUCUACUUCGACAGGGAAGACGUCAAGCGAGCUAUCCAUGCCCCGAUUGACGUCUCAUGGUCGGAAUGCUCAAACGUACGCGUGUUUCCGAGAGGGGAUGGUAGUCUUCCGUCAGCUCUCAGCGUGCUUCCGAGCGUCAUCGAGAAAGGCGAGCGAACCGUCAUCGUACAUGGCCUUGCCGACUUCAUUUUGAUAGCGGAAGGAACUCGCAUUGUCAUCCAGAAGUAA